GACAACUUCUCUAUAAAGAUGAAGAAGAAAGCCCUCAGAUUUCAACUGGCAACCCAAAAUUAAAGCAAUGGCUGUAUUUUCAUUUUUCAAUCAAAUGUGGCAACACCUACAUAGCAAUCUUUUCCUGCUUCCUCUUCUCUUCCUUUCAAUAUUCAUUUUCUUUGCACUUACAAGAUCAUCCUCAUCAAGUGGGAAAAACCACAAACUCAAACUGCCACCAUCCCCACCAAGGCUGCCUUGGAUUGGGAACCUUCACCAGCUAGGAUCAUUCCCACACCGCUCUCUUCGAGCUCUCUCGAAGAAGUAUGGCGAUGUUAUGCUUCUGCACUUUGGCAAAGUUCCAACGCUGAUUGUCUCAUCUGCAGAGAUGGCCAAGGACGUGAUGAAGACCCAAGACGUUGUAUUCUGCAGCCGGCCUCAAACCACGGCUCCAAGUAUAUUGUUCUACGACGGCCAUGAUAUUACUUUUUCCCCAUACGGGGAGUACUGGAAACAAGUUCGCAGAAUUUGUGUUCUUGAGCUUCUGAGCCUCAAAAGAGUGCACCAAUUUCAGUACGCAAGGGUGGAGGAAGUUGCAGAGUUGGUCAGCAAGAUUCGCAAAGCCUCCGCCAGCUCGAACGGGGAUCCCAUUAAUAUUGGGGAGCUGCUGGUGUCAACCUCCAACAACAUCAUCUGCAGGUGCAUUCUUGGAAAGAAGUUUGAGGACAAAGAAGACAAUUGGUUUGGAGAGACCACAACGGAGUUGAUGACUCAGGUGAUGAGUUUCAGCUUUGGAGAUUUCUUCCCUUCUUUAAAAUGGAUUGACCGUGCCAGAGGCUACCUUGCACAUUUGAAAUCAAUUUGGUUAGAAUUUGAUAAAUUUUUCGAUAAGUUGAUUGAUGAACACAAGGCAGCACAGAAAGAAGGUAAUCCUCGUAAGAAGGAUAUUGUGGAUAUUCUCCUCGACGUUCAAAAGGACGGCUCACUCGACUUUGAGCUCACUACCUCCAGUGUCAAAGCAAUUCUGCAGGACAUGUUUGUGGGUGGAAGUGAUACUAGUUGGACAGCAGCGAUAUGGUUAAUGUCAGAGCUUUCGCAAAAUCCACGGGUGAUGAAGAAAGUCCAAGAAGAGGUAAGAAGAGUGGCGGGGAAAAGGGGAUAUGUAGAGGAGAGUGACAUCAAGGAAAUGAAAUACAUGACAUGUGUGAUCAAAGAAAAUUUAAGACUUCACCCUCCAGCGCCUCUUUUACUUCCUCGGGAAGCAAUGUCAGAUGUAAAAUUGGGAGGUUACGAUAUACCUGCAAAAACACAAGUGUUUGUGAAUGCAUACGCUAUACAAAGAGACCCCAAAGUAUGGGACAAGCCAGAUGAGUUUAUGCCAGAGAGGUUCGAGGAGAACUCUGUUGGUUUCGUAGGUCAGGAGUUUGAGCUGAUCCCAUUUGGCGCUGGGAGAAGGGUGUGUCCUGGACUUGCCUUUGGGGUUGCUUCAGCUGAGUAUGUGCUUGCCAAUAUCCUGUUUUGGUUCGACUGGAAGUUGCCUAGUGGUGGCAGUAAAUUGGCUGAGACCUUGGACAUGUCUGAAGUUUACGGUCUCACAGUCUAUAAGAAAACUCCUCUGUAUCUUAUUCCAACACCAUACUCCCCUUAAUACCUCCAUCAUCAUCCAGAGUUAUCAUGGACUCUUUAUUUUAUUUAUGCUCUAAAUCUAGUUCUUUUUUUGUUUUCUGUUGAGCAUGAAGUUGUAUCUGCAAUGCCUGCAGCAACAUAAAUAUUUAUAAUAAUAAUAAUAAUAAUUAGAGAGUGAUAUAUCUCUGAGAUGUUGUAAUCAUCUUUGGC